AUGUUAGCACUCGUCACUGUUUUCGAAUAUUUGUCGAAUGUUCGAAAUUUAUUAAAUCGAUUUAAUGUUUUCCAUACUUCACCAACAUGUUCAACAACGAAAUCUGAUGAACAAGUUUCAACAAAUCUUAUUUAUACAUCCGAUGAACAACAACAACAACAACAACAACAACAACAACAUCAUCAUCAUAUUCUUCUUGGACCUGUUGUCAAUAAUAUUCUAUCAGAUGAACGUAUAAAUUAUUUUGAUGAAAAAUUUCGUGAAGAUUUUCAAAAUGAUGAUUAUCUUGCUCGUGAACUUGAUGCAUGUUUACUUGAAAUGCAUGAAAUUGAACGUGAUUUAUUAAAUUUAAAACAACGACAAUGUCAUUUUUAUGAACAAUAUUUAGAUUUUAUCGAUAAAAAAGAUCAACUUAUUGAUCAAUUUAUUGAAUAUUAUGAUGAAUAUUUAUUAAAUAAUUCAAAUCAAUCUUUAUCUUUAACAUCGAAAGAAUUACGACGACAAUCAAUUACAUAUGAAUUUAAUAUACCUGUAUCAAAUCGUUUUGAUUUAUUAAAACCGUAG